UCCCCUCCUCUCCGCUCAGCGUGCACCCAUGGCGUCCUCUACCUCCUCCUCGCCCGACGCAUCCCCUCGUCUCCCCUCCGCUCCUUCUCCUCGUCCUCUUCCCCCUCUUUUAAAGAAUCCGACGCGGAGCCCGACCCCAAGCCGGAGCGCGAGCAGCCCCCCGCGGAUCAGGAUGACCAGCAGACCCCCAACCGCCCGCGCCCGCCCAACACGACCCGCCCCCUCGAGAACGGCCUCGACCCCGGCAUCUACAAGGCGAUAAUGGUGGGGAAGGUGGGGCGGGAGCCAAUUCAGAAGCGUAUGCGGAACGGGAGGACGGUCGUGCUCUUCUCGCUCGGCACCGGCGGCAUCCGCAACAACCGUCGCCCGCUGGACCGCGAGGAGCCGCACCAGUACGCUGACCGGUGCUCCGUGCAGUGGCACCGCGUCUUCGUCUACCCGGAUCGCCUCGGCACCCUCGCGCUCAACCACGUCAAGACCGGCUCUGUUCUCUAUUUGGAAGGAAAUCUUGAGACAAAAGUGUUCUCUGACCCUAUUACUGGGCUGGUCAGACACAUAAGAGAAAUAGCUGUGCGCAGAAAUGGUCGUCUCUUGUUUCUUGGUAUUGACUGUGAUGCUCCCAAGUUAGGCGAAGUCAAGGGCGUUGGGUACUUCUGAAACUGAUUUAUGUCCAAUCAUCGAUGGACAAAAAUCAACAUGGGAUGGGGGCAUCACAACAACGCAACACUUGCUAUGUGCUGUCGAAAUCUACGCAAUGGUAUUGCCGGCUACAAUUUGAGUUCUGCAGGGUGAAUUAAUCUGAUUUCUGUUUUCAUUAAACCUUCAACACCAUUGUAGAUACCCUAUAGCUGAGCAACAGAUCUGUACGAUUUAACUUAAUUUGACACAAGUAAUGCUCUAUGGAGUGAGUUUCAUUGUACCCUUCCCCUUUUUCUUUUGGUUUUUUUUUUUGUUAGAGAAGUUUGCGAUUUGACUAUUGUUGUAAUAAAAUUGUCUUCUCAAGGGAUGAGCAACAGAUUUGUAUAAUUCAUAGUUUUA